GAUUUUGAGUUCACGACCCUGCAUGUCAACGUGACUUCUGGAUUUCUUCGUUUUGUGUCGUUUGCAGCAGAUUUAAGGUUUAAACUGAAGAACACAGAAAACAAGGAGGGAUUUAAAGGCUUCUCAUGGAUGUUGGAUCCUUUCACACCUUUAGAUAUCAAGAACAAGCUACAUAAUUAGCCACACGGUGCUAGCUGGUCACUUCUGGUGUAUGUGUUUUGCAGAUUUUGUUGAAGUUCAAGCGCAACCUGUCAUCAAACUUUCCAUGUCAGUGUCAGUUUGAGUAUCCAUGGAGAUGUUACUGGACAGUCUCCCUGCAGACCGUGAUGUUUAGGCUGACUGGUGUUUUCAGAGCAGCACGGAGGAGCCUCUGCAGCGCGGCGGACGACAUGGCGAAGGGAAAGUUCUACUAUGCAGUGAAGAAAGGAUUCAAACCUGGAGUCUACACCUCCUGGGAUGAGUGUAAGAGUCAGGUGGACAAGUUUCCAGCAGCAUCCUUUAAGAAGUUUGCUUCAGAGAAAGAUGCCUGGGCGUUCUUCAGAGGAGUUCAACCUUCUGCAACUCCAGAGGUCACUAAAGUGUCUCAGGUCGUGGAGUCGGACGUUAAUCUGCUUCCUAAAAGAGGCCCGGAGCCUCUGGAGUACAUCCCUCUGGGGAAGAAGAGGAGUCACUCAGCAGAAGAAGCAGAGUCCAGCUCAAAGAGAUCCAAACCGUCAGAGAGCUCGUCUUCAGAGAGCAAGGAUGGAUUCACAUACAUGGGUGACGCUGUGGUCGUUUACACUGACGGUUGCUGUUCCCGUAACGGGAGGGUGGGCGCUCGAGCCGGGAUUGGAGUGUACUGGGGCCACAACAGCCCACUGAAUGUUGCAGAGCGGCUUCAUGGAAGACAAACAAACCAGCGUGCAGAGAUCCAGGCGGCCUGCAAAGCGCUGGAACAAGCCAAAGAGAUGAACUUAAAGAAGCUGGUUAUCUACACCGACAGCAAGUUCACCAUCAACGGUGUGACGACCUGGGUGAAGAACUGGAAGCUGAACGGCUGGAGGUUGAAGUCCGGAGGUCAGAUCACCAACAAAGACGACUUUGUGAAGCUGGACAGGCUGAACGCAGAGCUGGAGGUCGUCUGGUUGCACAUCCCUGGUCAUGCCGGUUACAGAGGUAACGAGGAGGCGGACAGGCUGUCGAGAGAAGGAGCAGCGAAGUCUUUAGACGAGGACUCUUAAAGGAACCUGCUGCAGCUGAGAUCUGUUCUCCUCUCGUGGAGGGAGUUUCCUUCUUUGUCACUUUAAGAUGUUUUAUUUAAUAUUUCUAUUGCUGUAAAUAAAGUCUUCAGUUUCUGCUUUAA